AAUACUCUCGUGUGAGAAAAAGGUCGAAGCGAAAAUUUUCUGAGGUUUCAUUUCCCGGCGGCGAGCAAAGAUGGGGAAGAAGACGAAGAAAGUCGGCAAAGGCAAAGAGAAAACGGAGAAGAAAACUGCCAAAGCUGAAGAGAAGCGAGCUCGCCGCGAAACCAAGAAGCUUUCUCCAGAGGACGACAUCGACGCCAUUCUGUUGAGUAUACAAAAGGAGGAUGCUAAAAAGAAGGAAGUUCACGUUGAAGACAAUGUUCCCGCGCCUUCUCCUCGCUCCAACUGCACCCUCACUGUGAAUCCCUUGAAAGAGACCGAGUUGAUUCUCUUUGGCGGCGAAUUCUACAACGGGAGCAAGACUUUUAUCUAUGGCGAUCUUUACCGGUAUGAUGUGGAGAAGCUGGAAUGGAAGUUAGUUUCGAGUCCGAACAGUCCUCCUCCUCGCAGCGCUCAUCAGGCUGUUGCUUGGAAGAAUUAUAUUUAUAUUUUUGGUGGUGAAUUUACGUCUCCUAACCAAGAGCGGUUCCAUCACUACAAGGAUUUUUGGAUGUUGGACUUGAAAACAAACCAGUGGGAACAGAUUAAUUUAAAAGGGUGCCCGAGUCCGCGCUCUGGACAUCGAAUGGUGUUAUACAAGCACAAGAUUAUUCUUUUUGGUGGCUUCUAUGAUACUCUUAGAGAAGUGAGGUACUACAAUGAUCUAUUUGUAUUUGACCUUGAUCAAUUCAAGUGGCAAGAAAUAAAGCCUAAGCCUGGAGCAAUGUGGCCUACUGGGCGUAGUGGUUUUCAGUUAUUUGUUUAUCAAGAUGAUAUUUUUUUGUAUGGUGGCUAUUCAAAAGACGUGUCAUCGGAUAAGAAUGCCUCUGAGAAAGGAAUUGUUCAUUCAGAUAUGUGGUCCCUUGAUCCUAAGACUUGGGAAUGGAACAAGGUUAAGAAAAGUGGAAUGCCUCCAGGGGCCCGUGCGGGGUUUUCCAUGUGUGUUCAUAAGAGGAGGGCUCUACUAUUCGGGGGUGUUGUGGAUAUAGAAGUUGAAGGUGAUGUAAUGAUGAGCUUGUUCUUAAACGAGCUUUAUGGUUUUCAGUUAGAUACCAAUCGCUGGUAUCCUCUGGAGUUAAGAAAGGAGAAGUCGACGAAAGAAAAGUUAAAAAAGAUAGAAAAAAAUCGUGCUGAUGACGUCAACAAGAAUGUAAAUCCACCGUGUUCAGCAACAGAAGAAACAGAGGAUUCUGAGUUUGAAGAAAGCAACAUCAAUGAUCUAUCUCAGAAUAUUACAUCAAACAUGACUAUUGAUGAUAGUGAAACACUUACCAAAUCUGAAGGAAAGUCUAAGGAGUCUGGUGCUAACUUGGACAUUCAGAGUUCUUUGCCAGAGGCAGUGAAGCCCUGUGGACGUAUUAAUUCCUGCAUGGCUGUCGGAAGAGAUACAUUAUAUAUAUAUGGUGGCAUGAUGGAGAUUAAAGAUCAAGAGAUCACUCUUGAUGACUUGUAUUCUCUGAACCUUAGCAAACUUGAUGAAUGGAAGUGCAUUAUACCGGCAUCUGAAUCUGAAUGGGUGGAAGCUUCAGAGGAUGAUGAGGAUGAUGAAGAAAAUGAAGAUGAUGAUGAAGAUGAAUCUGAUGAUGAUAGUGAUGAAGAUGAAGAGGAUGAGGAAGAGGAGGUGGAGGAGGCCCAGAGUGCGUCAGUUCAGGUGGGAGAUGCUGUUGCUUUACUCAAGGGAGCAGGAAAGAAUCUGCGCAGGAAAGAAAGAAGGUCACGGAUAGAGCAGAUCAGAGCUAGCCUUGGCUUGUCAGAUUCACAGAGAACACCGUUGCCAGGUGAAUCAUUGAGGGAUUUCUAUAAGCGUACAAAUAUGUAUUGGCAAAUGGCAGCCCAUGAACAUACUCAACACACUGGAAAAGAACUUCGCAAAGAUGGUUUUGAUCUUGCUGAAGCUCGGUAUAAGGAGCUAAAACCUAUUCUUGACGAGCUUGCUCUAUUAGAAGCUGAGCAGAAAGCUGAUGAGGCUGAAGGGCCUGAAACUAGUGCAAAGGCAAGAGGCAAGAAGAAAAGUAGAAAUUGAUAAAUUAUUUAGCACGAGGCUUAAGUCCCAUGGAGAGUGUAAUUUUGCAAUUUUGGUUUAUAAUCAUUUGCAGUGGCUAUGCUAAGAAUUUUAUGCUCAUACUGUGUAGACAUGAUCAUGUUAUGUGUAAAAUCAGUGCAAAUCACAAUUAUGCCACAAAUUUCCUUCCAGAAAUGGAGGAUAGAAUUCCCUUAGAAAAGAGGAGUUUCAAGAGUUUGUGUGCUGCUGAAUCUAUCUAUGCCUUAGUGUAUUUAAAGUCUCUUUAGUUGGCCAAAUGCUUUAAAUCCGUGACUCAUUACGCAUGUAAACUUAAAGUGUAUUCCCAAUGUUCUACAUAAUAUUCUAUCAUACAUUGUGCUUGUAGUUGAAAACUUGAAAUUGAGUAUUGCCUGUUGUAUA